UUCCGAAUGUGUUUGACGUCAGCCAAUGACCUUUGUUGGGUCAUCGUUAUCGGCUUCACAGACACAAAGAAUGAACACAUUUCAUUCACGAAAUAAUCAACAAACUAUACUGGACCUAAUGGAUUCGACAUGUACCAUUUGAAGAUUGAACAUAGAACUUUAAAUCUUUUAGCUUUUCACACAAAUACAUUGAGAAAUGGCGACAAAAUAUUGUUUCCAAAAACACAUAAUCCACGCUUUGUUCCUCAUACUGCUGUCAUGGGCUCAAGUAGGAUCAGCCGAAGCACACGAGGAAUCUCACAACGAAACAGAAAGAUAUCAGAUUUUUUCAUUUGAUUUUGAAAGAGUAGAGCUACCAUAUGUGAUAUGUUUGUGGAUAUUAAUUGUUGCUUUAGCCAAAAUAGCAUUCCAUUUGAAUCACAAGUUACCGACAAUCAUUCCAGAGAGUUGUCUCCUCAUAGUACUCGGUCUCAUCAUCGGAGCAAUUCUACACUAUGGUAAAAUCACAAGUGCCAGUAGUUAUGUCAUCGAUGCAGACAUCUUCUUUAUUUACCUUCUUCCACCAAUUAUAUUUGACGCUGGAUAUUUUAUGCCAGUCAGAGCCUUCUUCGACAACAUUGGAACAAUAUUAUUACUAGCAGUAGUUAACACAUUAAUUAGUGCUGGUCUGAUCGGUAUAUCUUUAUAUGGUGUUGCCUAUUUAGGAUGGGUCGGUCGUCCGAUGGGAAUCCUGAACUGUUUUAUAUUUAGUAGCUUAAUAUCUGCUGUUGAUCCAGUGGCAGUCCUGUCUGUGUUUGAAGAAAUCCAUGUCAAUCAGAUGCUUUACAUUAUAGUAUUUGGCGAGUCGCUGCUCAAUGAUGGAGUAACAGUGGUGCUGUAUCAUAUGAUGGAAGGAUUUAUAGAAAUCGGAGAACAAAAUAUAAUUCCCGUUGACGUAGCUACAGGUGUUGGAUCCUUCUUUAUCAUUGCCAUCGGUGGAUCACUCAUUGGAAUCUUCUUUGGUUUCUUUGGUGGAUUUAUAACCAAGUAUACAGAGCAUGUUAAAGUGAUAGAACCAUUGUUCGUCUUCAUCAUUGGAUAUCUCAUGUAUCUGACCUCAGAAAUGUGUCAUUGGUCAGGUAUUUUGGCGCUUUCAUUCGGAGGGAUUGUUUUACGUCACUAUUUGGAGGCUAAUGUUUCAAGAAAAACUAAAACCAGUAUAAAAUACUUCAUGAAGAUGUUAUCCAACAUCAGUGAAACAAUUAUUUUUAUGUUUCUUGGUCUUUCUACGUUGGGUGAAGAUUUGGAUUGGAAUUGGUCCUUCAUCUGUUUUUCCUUGUUGUUUUGUCUCGUAUUCAGGGUAUUAGGUGUGAUGGUGCUAUCGUGUAUACUUAAUUAUAGACGUCUGGUCAAGCUAAAGCCGAUUGACCAAUUUAUUAUGGCCUUUGGAGGACUACGAGGAGGUAUUGCUUUCUGUCUCGCUCUGUCUCUGAAGGAGGAUCUGAUUCCGGAGAGAAAGUUGUUCAUUACCACGACGAUUGUUAUCGUAUUCUUUACAGUUUUUGUUCAGGGUAUAUUCAUAAAACCAGUAGUGAAUGCAUUAAAAGUUAAGAAACAGCUUGAGGACGAUCCAACACUUAAUGAGAAAAUUCAUGAAUCGUUAAUAGAUCAUUUAAUGGCUGGACUGGAGGGAAUCACACAGAGUUCUGGUCAUAACUAUAUGAGAAUCAAAUUUCGUCAUUUAAAUCAUAAGUACAUUAAACCAAUAUUCGUAAAAGAUGUCACUACUGCCACCAAAGCUGAGAAAGUUUUACAUGUUUUUCGUAAUAUCACUGAAGAACAUGCACUGAAAAGAGCUGAGACUUAUCCAGAACUUAAUGGUCUGACAAGAGCUGAAACUUUACCAGAAAUAAACGGUGGACAGAAAAUACCGCUUUUGACUGCAGCAUCUAGAAUCAGUGGUUACAGACCUACUACUGGUGCUACAGGAACUGAUGAUAUACCCAAUGGCCAUGUGGUAGAGAACCAUAGUCUAUAUAAUAUCUUAGAUAAAGGAAUGCUCAGACCUCGUAGAACAUUUAUACAUAAUACUAAUGACAUUUCUGAUUCUGACACUGCCACACUUCCUAAACCAAUCAAACAACAACAAAUAGAUCCCGAGGAAUUUAGAAAAAGAGAACACGAAAAAUUUCGUACUGCUGCUGAAGUGAAUGAUACAAACGAAAAUAAGGAAUCCGAAAGUCAUACUGCCAUGGUUACUGAACAACAACAAACUAUAGCAGCAAACCAACAGGAAGUAAAAAACAAACAGGAAACAGUCGAAAACAAUGAACAAGAAGAAACAGUAUUAUCUGAUGAAACAGCAACAGAAAAACAGUUACCAUGGAAACAGGAAGCUUCUCAGGUGCCUAGACCAUCUUUACUUUCAUUAGUUUCGACAGAAGAUGAACCCGUGACCUCUGAAGCUCCCUCAUGGGUAGAUAACCUAUCAUACAGUCACUUAAAAGACUCAGGAUCACCUUAUGCAUCUCCGGAGGUUACAAUAAUUAAAGCACCUCCCGUUGAAAGAAAAGUUCCUAUUUUUGAAAUAUUUCCAAAUUUAAAUUAUGAAAAGGAAGAAAAGAAACCUGAAGUUACAAUUCCCCCACCUUGGGGUCAAUUCUCUGACAAUACAGAUGAAAUGCCUAUUUCAUCGCCAUCUAUACAAAGUGGAGAUAAAUCUUGUAACUACCUCAUAUCUAACCACACUUCUGCUCCGCCUUCUCAUCAUGUGAUUAUUCCUUCCAUUCCAAUACUUAAUGGGUCAAUAUCUCAAAACAGUAGUGACCAUAAUGACCAUAAACCAUUGAAAUCAUUGCCAGGAUCGGCGUCUGCUCCAGAUCUGCCAAAACACUGGCAGCCAUUAGAGCCUUUAUCAAGGGACAGAAUUCAUUCUGAAACAUUGUUACAAGAACUAGAUAGUGAAAGUGAGGCUAACAAUAGAAUUCAUAGUUGGUUAACUGGUGCUACUGCUGAUGAAUACGACAACGAAGAAUUUGAUGGUAUUAUAAUUAACCCCUAUGUGCCAGAUUUAGACAUUGAUAAUGAUAACGAUGCUGAUGUCAGUGAUAUUGACGAUAAUAAUGAUAAUGAUGAUAAUAAUGAUUUAUGAUGAUAAGUUAAAUUUAGUACAAAUUAUUUUCUGUUCAUAUUGAAUUUUACUUUGUCCAUUGUUAAACAAUGCAGUUUUUGUUUGAAAUGUCUUUUGUAACUGGAUUUUGUUUUUAUAAAAUAUUUUUUGUCUUUUGUUUUAUUCUUUUUUUACUAUGAAAAUGAUUCAUAUGAAAAUUAAUGAAAACUUUUAAUUAUAUCAUAAAUUCUAAAAAUAGGAUUUUACAAGUACAUGUACUAAUAUUCCUAUUUGCCUUACCUCUUUUGGAUCGAAACAUGAAGGUUAGACAAAAUGUUGUAUAUCUUUUUUAAAGUCAUAUGGGCAAACAAGUAAAUUAAAAACAAAUAUGUCAAUAAAGUACAGACAACUUUCUUUGCUAAGUUUUUCGUGAUUUAAUGAAUUUGUAUGUGCUGUAAUAUUUACUGGUAGUAAAUGCCUGUGUCUUUCCAUUCUUUUUUCGUGUUUUUGGAAUAUGAUAUAUUUAUUAUAUGCAUUUUAAAAUAUUAAACUUGACAUGACAACAGUUUUAAUGAAUUAUUUAUAUAAUUAUGACAUUAUAAGUGAUUUGCACAUGUAUUGAAGCAUUUUUAUUAUGUACACUUCAUGUAUAUGUGUUAUGUGUAUGUAUGCAUGACUAAAUUCCUAAUUUCUGGUCUUCCUUAUCUGAGUGGGAAUGGCAAUUUUAUGAAGAAUGUCUUCCAUAUUUGAGAAGCAAAGACAAUUUUAUAAAAAGACUGAGUUAUUCUGUGAUUUAACAAACUUCUAACAUAUCUUGAUGUUUGAAAUAUCUGAACAAAAAACAUGACAUUAACUGACACCCCAUCUUAAGUCAUUUGUACAUACAUAUGUGUAUAAGGUAAAUGUGCUAAUGAACAUUUGUACAUACACAUGUGUAUAAGAUAUAUGUGCUAAUGAACAUUUGUACAUACACAUGGGUAUAAGGUAUAUGUGCUAAUGAACAUUUGUACAUACAUAUGUGUAUAAGAUAUAUGUGCUAAUGAACAUUUGUACAUACACAUGUGUAUAAGGUAUAUGUGCUAAUGAACAUUUGUACAUACAUAUGUGUAUAAGAUAUAUGUGCUAAUGAACAUUUGUACAUACACAUGGGUAUAAGGUAUAGGUGCUAAUGAACAUUUGUACAUACACAUGUGUAUAAGAUAUAUGUGCUAAUGAACAUUUGUACAUACGCAUGUGUAUAAGGUAUAUGUGCUAAUGAACAUUUGUACAUACACAUGUGUAUAAAGUAUAUGUGCUAAUGAACAUUUGUUCAUACACAUGUGUUUAAGGUAUAUGUGCUUAUGAACAAAUGUGUUUCUGUCUCAUAGAAGUGUUGUAAAUUCUAGUCAAGUCAGUUAUACAAAUAUUUUGAACAAAUUUGCAUAUUAAUUGUCAAUUUUUCUAUACUUAGAUGUUUCUUGGAAUAUUCUGUCAUCAGCAUCCUCAUUUUAUCUAUUUCAUAUAUGAUACAUACAUGUUCAGUUAUCCUGAAUCAUUGUUAUAGUACAUAUUGGGGUUCUCAUUUUUCACAUCAUGCACCAAAACAGUUGAUCAAUUUAUAACUCGAUUUUCAUAAAGUUGGUUUUGGUUUUUUGUUUUUUUUCAUGUGUAAUUGAAAGAUAAUUGUUUUCAGAAGUCCAAUGGCAAGUCAUUAUGGUUAUUUAUCAUGACAUCAAAAAGUAUGAAACUAGUCUAAAAAUAAAUGGGGAGGGAUGUGGGCCAAAUCACGUGACUGCAACUUAUACUGCUCUUGAAAUGUAUGAACAGUUUGGAAUCUGUAUUCUAUUUUCGAUUGUGUAUGAUUAUGGAUUUACUUAAUCUUUUUGUACUCAAGUGGAGUUACUUAUUUCAACCUAGCAAUUUCAGGUGGCAAGUUUUUGUUAUUCUGGAAAUACUAACUUUUUUAAUCGUAAACAUGUAAAUGAAAUCGUUUUACAUUAAAUUUUGUGUUCAUCAUUCAUGAAGGUGAUUAUAUUAAUGUGCAAAUAUUGCAUUUAUUGAAAAUAAGUCAUUUCUACAAAUUGUGCUUUCAAAAAUUUGUGUGUAUUUAUAUUUUGUUUUUCUUUCAUUGUUGCAGUUUAUUGUCAAUCUUAUUGUGUAAUAUUGAUAAUAAGUGUUAAUAAUAUAUCAUAAACAUGUAAUAACAAUUAUGCAUUCACAAAUGAUAUGAACUACUUGUGUAUAUUUAUCCAAACUGCUUUUCAUAAAAAAUAAUUAAUAGUAAUCGAUUAAAAUUAAAUAAGAUUAUUUAAUGAAUUAAAAUUCAGUGUUCAACAUGAUUUAUAUUGUAUUACAAUCUGAACUCAUUUCCUUCCAAAGGGAGAUAAUUCCUUUCAAAGGGAAAUAACUGUUUAUGUAAGUGUUAUUUUGUUGUAGUGUUAUUAAAUAUUGUAGAAUGCAGAUUCUUAUAAUAAAAAAAUUGAAAUUAAAACUUCGAAGAAUUUUAAAAUUCUUAAAAAAGAAAAUGAAUUCAGGUUUUAAAAUGGAUUUCCUCUGAAACAACAAAGUUUUUCUAAAUUGUGUCAAAUAAGUUUUUUGCUUUGCUUAAUUUGUUUGAGAAACAACAUUUUUUAUCAAACGUUAUAUAAAAAAAUUAGUUUGUAAUAUUUAGAUAACUUGAAUAGGUCUUUGCAAACUCACUAGAUAUUAUAUUUAUUAUUUUUUAAAGUUGGUAAUUGUCUUUAAACCACAGGUUAGUUUAGACUAUUUAUAAUUGGAUGUAGAUUUCAUGUAAAUUUUCUGAACAAUUUUCAUACGAACAAUAGCAUAUGAUAUUGACUUUAUUCUGUGAAACAUUCUUUACUUAUUGAAAUACUCAGGAAAAGUUUAAGACUUAAGAAAAUCUGUAUGUAAAUAAAAUUAGAUAAAAAUAAUUCCAAAUAAUGAGUAUUUCAAGCAUCUUUCACUGAAAAUAAAUUUAAAAAAAACCUGGAUUUUUCUGGAUUUUUCAUUACCAGCCAAUUUUUUUUCAGGAAUCCUGAUGUCAAAUAACACAAAAUGGAGAUAUUCCUCUUUCUAUGCAUUUGUUCUUUAGAAAUAGCAAACCCAUCCUAUUAUUUUUUUUCAUUGUAGCUUUUGAAUUUCAAAGUCAAAUUGUUUAUUUUAUUUCAAAAUUGUUCAAUUUCAACAUGAUAAUGAAAACGGAUAAAAUAAAUUGCUUCCCUCCUUGCUUAAAACAGAAUAAGGUUUGAUGUUUAAGUAAAGAAUUCAUUUUUUGGGGCCCUAUUAAUAGAAAUACAUAAAUGAUGACAUAAAAAAUCAACUAUUUGUAAAUAAAACAUGUACAAUCUGUGAUGACAUCGAAAUCUGUUUUAUUAGUAUUUAUAAACCAGGUGUUGCUCAAUGUUUUAUCAUGUCCAGUAAAAAGUAUCUCUCGUCUAACAUGUGAUAGCAGGUAUUACCAAUGCAUUUUGAACUGAGAUAUCUAUUUACGGCAGACCUGAAAGUUUACAAGACAAGUCUGGUCUUGUUAAAUGUAAAAGUUUACAUCCUAUUUACAUUUUGCAAUUGGAAUUUCUGUCUAUUGUGAAUUCUUUUGGAAUUAGAAUUUGAAUACUGUGGAUUCAUUUAGUUUUGUGGAUUGAAGAAAACUUGCAUUUUUAUGGAUAUCUGAUUUCGUGGUGUGUCAAUCUGUGCACAUGAAGCCAUACAAAAUUUGUAAUUCCUUGAACAUAUGAAUUCGUGGUUCUCUUUUACCAGAGAAUUCCAUGAAAAUUGGUAUCCGACACAUAAUAAUUAAUCCACAAUAUUCUUUUUGAUUUAUUGAAUUACAUGUACAUAUAUCCUAUCCCAGCAGGCACAUAACAUUGAUUUAAUGUUGAAUCAUCCUCAACACCAGCAUUAAAUCAUACAGUGCAUGCUGGGAUGGGAUAUAUCAGAAACAAAAUGUCACACUUUUUGUCAAAGCAUUAUUCAAAACUUGUAUCAAUUAACUCAAGACUCAUUUUUUUUCCCUACUUAUUUACAAAAUACGAACAAACAAUCAUGACUUUGAACGACCUACCAGUAAAUUUCCGACCAAUGUGUUUUUUGUGUGGUUGUAUGCUACCAUUUACAUGAUGCUUAUUGGUGUCUAUUAGAUUUUACAGUCAUGUAUAAUUUAUAAUUUGAAAACAAUGCAAUAUUGAAUUAUUGUGUAUAUGUGAUAAUUUUUCAAUAAACAGUGAAAAACUU